AGCAGACGGCUGAACAGGGCAAUCAUGGCAACAUCAGCUGCAUAUAUUUGCGCUGCAAGUAGUCUAGUCUUUCAUCUCGUGACGAUAGAAGAGGCUCGAAUAUCCUGUCAAGAGCUUCAAAAUGAAAACUUUUAAACUGAUUGCUCAUCAGAAACAUUUUAGUGAGGAAGAAAUCAUUUUGAGCUCAAAGGAUUUCCCACAUGUGAAAGUGAGAGAUGUAGUAGAAAUAUACCACCCUGAUGUUGUUGGCUCCAGAGUUCUACUACAAGUACAUUCUUUAAAAGAAGAAAUGCAAACAAAAGACACAAUCAGCAUUGAACAGUCAAUUGUAAGUAUGUUCCAACUUCAAAUAUUUUUUGGAGUCCAUGUGACUGUGAUGGAUCCAGCCUCAGCUGCUCUAGAUUCUGUAGAGUUAACCUUCAAGGAUCAGUAUCUAGGACGUAGUGACAUGUGGAGGUUGAAAAAUUGCCUUAUUGGCUCUUGUUUGUACAUUGGGAAGAAAUUGGAGUUUUGCAACAAGUCAGUUCGGUGUCAAGUUCAUGAAAUGUGGGGACAAGGAGAAAGAGUGGCAUGUGGUGUGAUUACGGAGGAUACAAAAAUUGUAUUUCGUUCAUCAACAAGUCAGGUGUAUCUCUUCUUACAAAUGAGCUCAGAAAUGUGGGAUUUUGACAUAUACGGAGAUCUGUAUUUUGAAAAAGCUGUUAACGGCUUCUUAUCGGAAUUAUUCGCCAAGUGGAAACGCCAUGGAUCUAAUCAUGAGGUCACAAUUGUUUUAUUUUCUCGAAUAUUUUACGAGACAGAAUCUUUGGAAUACUUCCCAGAAACUGUGCGAGCGUGCUUGCAGCAAGAUUACCGUGGAAAGUUCUAUGAAGACUUUUACCGUGUAGCUGUUCAAAGCGAACGAAUGGAAGACUGGGCGUGUGUGCUGCCGCAACUCAAAUUACUCUUUCAUAACUGGCAGAACUCUGUGUUGGGUUACCAUCAACAAAACCACCCUGACAUGAACAUCCCUAAAGGUGUUAAUUCAUGUGCAGCCCAAGGAAACUUUCUCGAGGUGCUUAACAUGUCUCUAAAUGUUUUUGAGAAGCACUACUUGGAUAGAAGCUUUGACCGCACUGGCCAGCUUUCCGUAGUCAUCACACCUGGAGUUGGCGUCUUUGAAGUAGAUCGAGAGUUGACAAACAUUACGAAGCAAAGGAUCAUAGACAACGGUGUGGGGAGUGAUCUGGUUUGUGUUGGUGAACAGCCUUUACAUGCAGUUCCCUUAUUGCAAUUUCACAAUAAAAGACAUAGCGCUGCCUCAAAUGACUUUAGUAUGCCUCACUGGAUCAAUCUCAGCUUCUAUUCUUCCAGCAAGCGGAUUGGUUAUUCUACAUUUCUUCCCCGCAUUAAGAUGGCUCCCAUUUUAAAUAAAGAGACAACUCUUCACAAGAGCAAAACUGCAGGAUUACUCUCGUCUAAAACUAGCAGUUCCAUUAAAGUUGAGAGUAGUUUACCGAACUCUGUCUUUGACUACGAUGCCUAUGACGCAAAAGUGUUUGCGCUUCCAGUAACUCGCACAAGCAAGGUUCAAACGUUGAUGCGAGAAACUCGUCAUCGCAAAACCAACGCCUCAGAGGUGAAUCGUUUUGAUCGGAGCCGAGGAAAUGCUAGAAGAUCUCGUCUUCAUGAUAUGGACAUUUCCUUUACCACUGGUCACCCUGGUGAUGGACUCAGCAGCUCAUUGAUCAGUGCGCCCACUAUGCUCAGCUGUUCACUCACAAAAUCACCCUCAGUUAUCAUUCCAAAAAGACCAGCAGUCGACGACAGUUUUAUUGCGUCAUGUGGUGCAACUGCACCUCAUCCACGUGUUCGAAGACCUAGUGGGGGUGAGGAGCGAUUAGAAGAUCGUAGGUCCAACACUCUCAGAGCUGUAGUAGGCAGCGCUGGAUCACCAAGCGCUCUCGGAAGCAACACAGUGACGAUAGGCGCCAACCCGUCUACUGUUACUUUCGAUCCCAGUACACGUCAAAUCAAAACUGGACGUGCUUUAAUUAAUCCAUUCGAUCCGAGCAGAGUAACAAUUAAGUUAACAUCCAAUCGAAGAAGAUGGACACACAUUUUCCCUAAAGGUCCAACGGGGGUGUUGAUUCAGCAACAUCAUUAUCAAGCUGUUCCGGCAAGUGAAGAAAAAUUAACAUCUGGAACUUUUGGUGUUAAUCUAAACAACACUGCCGUGGAUUCUUCAAGUACUGUAACAAACUCGAAUGCUAAAGGGAGACCUCGGCCGAUGAACAGGAGCUUAACACUUUUAUGGGGAGCUACGGGUGAACAAGAAUGGACUCCUGCUUUGACUACUGGAGUAGAUUGGAAGUCUUUAACAAUUCCAGCCUGCCUUCCUAUAACUACGGAUUAUUUUCCCGAUCAGCGUAGUCUUCAGAAUGACUUUUUAGUGUCUGAAUAUUCCAUCAUUCCAGAUGAUGUAAACAGCAUCAGUGUGAAUGACUAUGGUCAACAACAAAAAGCCUCGUUUCGCAGGCCGCUUGAAACGAAGGAGGUCUUUUUAGAAUUGAUCAGUCAACGUCUCAGUCAGGGUUUCCAGGUUAUCAUCCUCCCGCAUACUUACACAUCCAACAGUCAAGAGUAUAUGUUGUCGAUUGGGCGUAUCUUCCAUAAAAUCAUUCUUAAAGGAUCAACCAUAACCGUAACUGGCUACAGGCCUCGGCAUCCUUACCCUACUUGCAAUAUUCACUACCGCUUCCGUCUUCAAACUCCUGACCAUCUCACAUACGAGGUGUCCUGGGUGGAUUUUAAUGCUGAAAAAUUAGAAAACUACAACUGGAACCAUUUGGAUCAUUACAUCUGCACUCGAGGGGAUCGAGAUUUUGCUCUUACCGAGUCCCUAAAAUACUGGCGCUUACGUCUGUGCGUUCUUCCCACCCACGACUGCCCAUUUACUGAAAGAAUUCUAAGAUUUAUCGACACAUGCGUCAACCGUGUGAAACAUCAUAAUUUAGUUAAGAAGCCGAGGCCUCCUGCUCAGACGAUGUUUCGCGAUCGGGGUGGCAGCAAUAGGAUUCCUGACAGACCUAGAACUCGUGCUACACUAGUAGAAAAUAAAAAUUUAUACCAAUCGUCAGGUGAUCAUGGUCUUUCGAUCGAACACCAAUUGUCCGGUGACGAAGGCGCUGAUGUGACGACACGCACUAGAGUCGCUUCCGGUUCAGCGGCUAUAAUUGAAGCCAUGAAAUCUUCUACCGGAGGAAUGCCGUUUCUAGAAGGGAAAAUCAACGAUUUACCUCCUUUCACCUUCAUUAGCUAUGAAGCUGUCGCUUGGCUUCUGGAGCAGGUGGAAGGUAUUACUACUGAACGAGAGGCCAUAGAUCUAAUGCAGAAAAUGUUGAACGAGCGGCUCAUUUGUCAUUCUUCCGGCAACAACAAGGUCAAAUUUCGUUAUGGAUUUUAUCUGUUCUCGUUGAUCACCGAAACAUUCACACCUGGCAAUAUUCAAGACAAUUUUGAUUGUGAAUGGGCGGAAGUGGAAUUUGAAAACAGUUUUACUCUCGCGCGCAGUGUAUCUACAUUGGCCAACCCGGUUAAGUAUCAGUUCUUGAUAGCAGAUCCCGAGGAGUUUAAAUCUGUUGCUUCACUUUACGAGAAUCGUUUCGAUCAAAUGUUAAAUUACAAAUCUUGCAAUCUUGAUAUGGAUAUCAGUGGGAAGAGUGAUCGGAUUGAAUGGGGGCAUCUGCGCUAUCAGAGCGUUUUUUACCCUGAUGCAUCUCUCGAGUUCAUCUUCCAGUGGGUCGUUUGCACAGGUCCGCUGGUGGCCGAACUUUUACAAAAUUGGCUACGGAAGGCUCAAAACUGUGGGGUGAACCUAGUCCCAAUUCCGUGUGACCCAUUUGCUCUACCAAUGUCUCAUAAAGCAGAUCCUCUUCGGGCACCCAUCUUCGUACCUCUGAAUAUCUCAGCAUUGAACAUGAACGGCAAAACAUUUCUCGAAGAAUAUCCACCGGAUUCGUGGCCGCAACGUCUUCUACUUUUCCAAGAAAGCAUCGCUCGUCAUUUCGGUUUCCUACCCUGCUCUCCUGACCCAGCAUCUCCAACUGCGUCUUUAAGGGCCAACGUUCGUCAAUGCCUUCCGCCACUUCAAUUUAUUCACACAACCGGAACUGUGUUUCUAUUGAUUCUAAGCUCAAGCAACAACGAAAAAGAUGUGGUACAUCCUUCGCCACAGCGACCUCAGCGUACGAAUUCCAGCUGGCUAUCGAAUACGUCCGUGCUUUCCCCGACCGACUCCUCUUUAACGCUGAGCUACAUCACCCGUCACGUUGUCGGUCGUCAAAAGUGGCAACAAAAUCAAGAAGUCCGUGUAGGUUUCCUAUGGGCUUGGAAUUCAAUGCUGAGUAAGCGUUGGAGAAACCCGUCUGGCCCCGUGUGCGACGAAAAUAAUGGCAGCAAACUUUUAUCUGAUUUUCGAAAAUUUUGUGCCAACGACGAUGAUCGUUUAAAGAACUACUGGAUACAAGCGCUUGAUCGAGUGAGCUCCAGCAGCUCUUGAUUUGAUUCUUAUCUUUUUUGUUUUUUACAAAUAAUAAUGGGUUUAUCUUGUGUUUCUUUUACAAAACUUGUACGUUAGCUAUCCUUUUUUCAGAAUAUACCGACUGAUUCUAUA